AUGAAUAACAAAGUUAAUGAGGAGGUUAAACUUGGAUCAUUUCUGCUUUGCUCAAUGCUGUUAUUGAACAGUACUACUUAGGAACAAAAAGAGUGAAAUUUCCAGAGGAUUUACAAAAAGGCCAGAUGGAGAGCUUGCAGAUUUUAGGUGAUGGGCAGAUCAGAAAGUCAGAUGGAUAUAACUGAUAACAACACUCCAAAGCCAAAGAAGAAACAGCGAUGGACCCCACUGGAGAUCAGUCUGUCGGUCCUGGUCCUGCUGCUGACCGUCAUCGCCGUGACCAUGAUAGCACUCUACGUGAAGUAUGAUGAUGGUAUUUGCAAGUCAGCAGAAUGCACACAAUCAGCUGCUCGACUCAUCCAGAACAUGGACACCACCGUUGAGCCGUGUUCAGACUUUUUCAAGUACGCCUGUGGAGGCUGGCUGAAACACAACAUUAUUCCUGAGACCAGCUCCCGUUACAGUAAUUUUGACAUCUUAAGAGAUGAACUAGAAGUCAUUUUGAAAGAUGUUCUGCAGGACCCCAAACCUGAAGAUAUAGAGGCAGUGCAGAAAGCAAAAACGCUGUACAGAUCUUGUGUAAAUGAAUCUGUUAUCGAUAGCAGAGGUGGAACGCCUCUACUCCAAGUGUUACCAGAUAUAUAUGAUUGGCCAGUAGCCACAGAAAACUGGGAGCAAACACAUGGUACUUCUUGGACAGCUGAGAAAGCUAUUGCUCAACUGAAUUCUAAAUAUGGAAAAAAAGUCAUUAUUAAUUUUUUUGUUGGCACUGAUGAUAAGAACUCUACGAACCAUAUAAUUCACAUCGACCAGCCUCGACUUGGCCUCCCCUCCAGAGACUAUUAUGUAUGCACUGGAAUAUAUAAAGAGGCUUGUACCGCAUACGUGGAUUUUAUGAUUUCUGUGGCCAAGUUGAUUCGUCAGGAGAGAGGACUGUCCGUAAAUGAAAGCCUGCUUUCCCUGGAAAUGAAUAAAGUUAUGGAAUUGGAAAAAGAAAUUGCCAAUGCUACAGAUGAACCUGAAAAUCGAAAUGACCCGAUGCUUCUUUAUAACAAAAUGACCUUAGCCCAGGUCCAAAAUAACUUUUCACUAGAGAUCAAUGGGAAGCCAUUCAGCUGGUCAAAUUUCACAAAUGAAAUUAUGUCAACUGUGAAUAUUAAUAUUGCAAAUGAGGAAGAAGUGGUUGUUUAUGCUCCAGACUAUUUAACCAAACUUAAGCUCAUUCUUACCAAAUAUUCUGCCAGAGAUCUUCAAAAUUUAAUGUCCUGGCGGUUCAUAAUGGAUCUUGUAAGCAGCCUCAGCAGAACCUACAAGGAAUCCAGAAAUGCUUUCCGCAAGGCCCUUUAUGGCACCACAUCAGAAACAGCGACUUGGAGACGCUGUGCAAACUACGUCAACGGGAACAUGGAAAAUGCUGUGGGAAGGCUUUAUGUAAACGCAGCAUUUGCUGGAGACAGUAAACAUGUGGUUGAAGAUCUGAUCGCACAGAUCCGGGAAGUUUUCAUUCAGACAUUAGAUGACCUCACCUGGAUGGAUGCUGAGACCAAAAAAAAAGCUGAAGAAAAGGCCUUAGCCAUUAAAGAAAGAAUCGGCUAUCCUGAUGACAUAAUCUCAGAUGAUAACAAGCUGAAUAAAGAGUACCAGGAGCUGAACUACAAGGAAGAUGAAUACUUUGAGAAUAUCAUUCAAAAUUUGAAGUUAAUCCAAAAUAAACAACUGAAGAAGCUUCGAGAAAAGGUGGACAAGGAUGAGUGGAUAAGUGGGGCAGCUGUAGUCAACGCAUUUUAUUCUUCAGGCAGAAAUCAGAUAGUCUUCCCGGCUGGCAUUCUGCAGCCCCCCUUCUUCAGCGCCAAGCAGUCUAAAUCACUGAACUACGGGGGCAUCGGCAUGGUCAUAGGACACGAAAUUACCCACGGCUUCGAUGACAAUGGCAGACAUUUUAACAAAGAUGGAGAUCUCGUUGACUGGUGGUCACAACAGUCCGCAGACAAUUUUAAAGAGCAAUCCCAGUGCAUGGUGUACCAGUACGGAAACUUCUCCUGGGACCUAGCCGGCGGGCAGCACCUCAAUGGAAUUAACACACUGGGAGAAAACAUUGCUGAUAACGGAGGUAUUGGCCAAGCAUACAGAGCCUAUCAAAACUAUGUUAAAAAGAAUGGUGAAGAAAAAUUGCUUCCUGGACUUGACCUAAAUCACAAACAACUAUUCUUCUUGAAUUUCGCUCAGGUGUGGUGCGGGACCUACAGGCCAGAGUAUGCAGUGAACUCCAUCAAAACAGAUGUCCACAGUCCGGGCAAUUUCAGGAUUAUCGGGACUUUGCAGAACUCCCCUGAGUUUUCAGAAGCUUUUCAUUGCCCCAAGAAUACAUACAUGAAUCCCGAAAAGAAAUGCCGAGUCUGGUGAUCUCCAGGUGAAGACGGUGCAGCCCCUGGCCAGGCUCGUCAACAGCACAGCUCUGGGGACUCUGUCCAAGAGAAUGGGCCACAGAGGUCACUGUUAUUCCAUGGGCAUAGUUCACAGAGACAAGAGCAUCACAAUAAAAAUGAAGUUAGGUUCUUCUGGAAAAAUGAGUGGAGGGAGGAGGGUGUCUAAUGUCUAUCAAGCCAGUCAUUCCUCACUGUAUAAAUAAUGCUUAAUCUCUCAAGAUAGAAUUACCGUUCACUUCUGUUUCUCAUAUUUGCUGCCAGUUUCGUGCGGUCUCUUGAAAACAGUGUUAAGCAUUAUGGAGAGCAGGACUUCUAAUCCGAGGGAGAAGAGGUUGAAGAAGACAGUUGGCAGCAAACGCGCGUCAGCAACACGCGUUAAAAACACAUCGUCGAAGUACUUGCUUGUACUUUGAUUUGCAACGUCUAUGCUCCUUCAAAUCUCUUCCAAAGAAUUCUUCUACAUAUUGGGGCCUUGGGACUUACAUAGUUUCAAACUAACAUUUCUAGUCAUCAGUUAUUCGUUCUGCGGUCAUUUUAAUUUGAGCCCCUAGGGCUAAAAUCAGUGUCUAAAACUGUUUUUUGUGGUACCUGUCUGGACUGAUACUGAGAUUCUUAAGGCUCCUGCAAUUUUUUAAGCGAUUUCUUGUUCUCUCCCUCUCUCAAAACUUGGUCUUUUUAAGAGAUUUGUAGUAAUGUAUAAAUAAUAAUUUUUAUAUUUAAUUGUUAACUACAUUUAUGACUAAGUAAUUAUUAUUAUUAUUAAUCAUUGAGUAUUGAAGUUUCAGACUGAGAUAAAUAGUUAAUGAACCAAGGUCUGUAAAGUGAUGUACAGUUGAACAUUAGAGACUUUUUAAACUUAUAAAUCAUAUUGAUGACAAGCUUUAUGUACAAACUUUGGGUUAAAAUUGCCAUUGGACAGUUGUCUAAAGAUACAUGAGACUUGUGGUUUACAAGCAGGAUUUCCAGAAUUAAAUCUGUCCCUAAGGUGGCUAUGAUAAAAGGGCAAAACCGCAUCUAUGUAGCUCUGCAUCUCCUCAUCUUUUCAGAUUUGUCAUAUGAUGGAAAUAUUUUGAUAAUAAAUUAAAAUUGUGAGCCCACUACUCA